AUGGGGCCGAGCUUGCGAAUUGUAAAAGAUGCGCAUCAACAAGAAUGGAUUGUCGUUUAGUUGGCUCAUAUUUUCAAUAUUUAUCAUAAGAACAUUAAGCAUUUCUCUAACAAAUCAAGCUAUUAAUGUCUUAUUACUCAUCUCUUACAUUAUAGAGUCAUGUUGGCUUGUGGAUUACUGCGAGAUAACACGUUCUCAAAAUUUAUGAUAAAAUUUGUCGCUCCAAAAGAUAUUUAUUUAAAUAUUUCUUUAUUUAAAUAUUUCUAGAGUUUAUUAUUUAACAUUUUGAAAAUGCUGAAGUCCUAACUAAAGUCCUCAGUAACUUCCCCUUCUGUCUUGUUGUAUUUCUUAUAAUUAAUUUUAAGUUGCUUCUUUGCUUGUGCUAUUGCUGUUGAUACUUUUAGUGGCUGUUAUUUAAAUUCAAUUUUAACCAACUAAAACUUUGAUAAUGCCAUUUGA